CGACAAUCCCCUCCCCUCGAGCGCGCACCAAAGCGUCCGUUUCCACAAUCCCAUCGCAAACUGCUCGGUUCUUUUCCCCUUCCGCCGCCCCGCCACCACCUGGCUUCGGAACCAGCCGCAUCCCCCUGCCAGGCUGCCACAUUCCUUCCUCUCUCUCCAAGGCUCCAACUCCCAAUCCCCCUCUUCGUCUCCGUAGCUGCAACUCUUCACGGCUUCGUCGAUCUGCAACGUCUCCCGCAACCUCCAUGGCCGGCAAAGCUGCAGACACCGGGAGCAACGACGGCGGCGGCGCCACCACGGGGCAGUCCUCUUCCUCCUCCUCCUCCAUGGCGGACGUGUACAAGGGCGAGCUCACGCCGCUGCAGCGCCACGCCGCCUUCUUCGACCGCGACAAGGACGGCGUCAUCUACCCCUCCGAGACGUACAAAGGGUUCCGCGCGAUCGGCUGCGGGGUGGCGCUGUCGGCCGCCAGCGCCGUCUUCGUCAACGCCGCACUUGGGCCCAACACCAAACCGGAGAACCAGAAGACUCCGCCUUUAAAGUUCCCCAUUUAUGUGAAGAACAUUCACAAGGGCAAGCAUGGAAGCGAUUCAGGCGUGUAUGAUGCCAAUGGAAGAUUUGUUUCUGAAAAGUUUGAGGAGAUAUUCAAGAAGUAUGCCCACACCAAGCCUGAUGCUCUCACAGGAAAAGAGCUGCAGGAGAUGCUCCAAGCAAACAGGGAACCCAAAGACUUCAAAGGAUGGCUGGGUGGCUUCACGGAGUGGAAGGUGCUGUAUUCUCUGUGCAAAGACAAGGAUGGGUUUCUCCACAAGGAUACUGUCAGGGCGGUCUAUGAUGGCAGCCUGUUUGAAAGGUUGGAGCAAGAGAGGAAGGCUAAGAAGGAAUUGAGAAAGAAGAAGUGAUAAAAACAUCGCAAACACUCUCUUGUGUGGACGGAUUUGUAAAUUGUGGUGUGAAUGUGGGUCAGCGAAUUAUAACGGUAGUUUGAUUGGUUCUGUAUGUUUGUCAAUUCAGCUUUUCUGUAAUAAGAGCCUUCAUGUAAAGAAACUGCAAGUAUUUAUGGCUUAAGUUGAGUGAGAUAAUUCAUAGUUGUAGCCUCCCGUAUUUUUUCAA